CUCCUCGGGAAACAGACGAGACUGGACGUUGGGCCAGGCGGGCGUUGCCUCUGCGGCGUGGGUUCCCGGCGUCGCGGACGUUUCUCCAGGUUUUCAGCCUGUGAUUUGAUAACCGCCGCCGGGUGGCGUGGAGCGUCCCGAGACUUCUUCCUUCAUUGCAGCCCCUCUUCUUUUAGUUCUAGACUGAAGUUGGAGGAACUCACCACUUGGCUGAAAUUAGGAUCCAGAUUUCCCAAACUUGCUUCGGAGGAAAAAGCCCUAACGAUGGAGGACAGUGAAUUCCUAGCUUAUGUGUUUGGAUGCUUAAAGAAGAUUAUUUGAAGACGGCUUUUGGAAUCAAUUAGCAUGGACCCCAGCAGUGACUACCAUUUCCUCAGCCAGAUUUUGUGGAAGAGGGUGAAACUCACAUUGCUCUGUGGCGUCUUCGAGGGUGUGCUUCAGCAUGUUGACCCUAAUAAGACUGUUGUCCUGAAGAAAGUGGAACUACUAGAUGAAGUGGAACAAGGCUCAGUGAGAGCAAAAGCAUCUUCUGUUAGUCUACACGCAGAAAGAACCCAGAUGGAGAAAAUGAAAGUUGAAGACCUAAAUGUAUGUGAGCCUGCUUCUCCUGCCCCUGAAACACCAACGACCUCUCUGCUGAAUGACCUCAAGUACAGCCCAUCAGAGAAAGAGGAGGUGACAUACACAGUCAUUAAUCAAUUCCAGCAGAAGUUUGGUGCUGCGAUACUCCAUAUCAAGAAGCAGAAUGUCCUGAGUGUGGCAGCAGAAGGAGCGAAUAUGUGUCGCCAUGGCAAACUGUGCUGGCUGCAGGUGGCCACAAAUUGCCGAGUUUACUUAUUUGACAUUUUCCUUCUGGGAAGUCGAGCUUUCAACAAUGGACUUCAGAUGAUAUUAGAAGACAAGAAAAUUUUGAAGGUUAUCCAUGAUUGUCGUUGGCUUUCUGAUUGCCUCUCUCAUCAGUAUGGAAUUUUGCUGAAUAAUGUCUUUGACACACAGGUAGCAGAUGUACUUCAGUUUUCCAUGGAAACGGGUGGCUAUCUUCCAAACUGCAUCACUACUUUGCAGGAGAGUUUAAUCAAACACCUUAAAGUAGCCCCUAAAUAUCUCUCCUUUCUAGAAAAGAGACAAAAACUAAUUCAGGAAAAUCCAGAGGUAUGGUUCAUCCGACCUGUUUCACCCUCUUUACUGAAAAUUUUGGCCCUGGAAGCUACCUACCUGUUACCCCUUCGCUUGGCACUCCUAGAUGAGAUGAUGUCUGACCUAACCACCCUGGUGGAUGGUUACCUAAACACGUAUCGCGAAGGGUCUGCAGACCGGCUUGGAGGCACUGAGCCUACAUGUAUGGAGCUGCCAGAGGAACUGCUUCAACUCAAGGACUUCCAGAAGCAGCGCAGGGAGAAAGCUGCAAGAGAAUAUAGGAUGAAUGCACAGGGACUCCUAAUAAGGACAGUGCUACAGCCAAAGAAAUUAGUGAUAGAGACAGCAGGGAAAGAGGAGAAAGUCAAAGGCUUCUUAUUUGGUAAAAAUUUUAGGAUAGAUAAAGCUCCAAGUUUUACAUCUCAAGACUUUUACGGGGAAGUGAAUUUACUGAAAGAAGAAUCUUUGAAUAAACAAGCUACAAAGCCUCAGCAUCUACCUCCCGUAGAGGAAGGGGAAACCAGUGAGGAUUCCAGUAACAAACUCAUUUGCACGGAGUCAAAGGGGUCAGAGGACCAGAGAAUAACUCAGAAAGAACACUUUAUGACACCCAAACAUGAGUUUCAGGCAAGUUUAUCUUUGAAAGAGGAGAUAGAACAGUUAUUGAUGGUGGAAAACAAGGAAGAUUUAAAAUGCACAAAACAGGCUGUUUCAAUGUCUUCCUUUCCUCAGGAAACCAGAGUGUCUCCAAGUGACACUUUUUAUCCUAUCAGAAAGGCCGUGGUUUCCACACUCCCUCCCUGUCCAGCCUUGGAGAAGAUCGAUUCCUGGAUAAAUCCUUUUCUAAAUCUGCCCUAGAGAUGUGCAGUUUGUUCUUAAGGCCAUGCAGGUGGCUUAUUUCCUUUGCCAUCAGGGCCUUCCACAGUGCCCAAGUUUCUCAUGUUGUAAAUGCAGUAAUGCUUCUGUCACAGGGAAAAAUUAUAUCCUCUUGCUUA